CUGAAUAUCGUAAAUGUCGUGCAAUGCACCGAAAAAAUAUACUUGAAAUAAGAAAAAAGCAAAUAGCAAUACUUUCUACAAUAAUUGCUAGCAACCGGAGGAAGUGCUGGACUUUGAAAAGAACAAAGAAAUUUUGGGAAGUGGAUUGCCAGAAAAAUGGUCCAAAUUUUUUCAAAGAAAAUUUUCGCAUGAGUUUGGAAUGUUUUAAGGAGUUAUGUGACUUAUUAAAAGGACUACAGAAAAGAGAUACAACCUUUCGAAUUUCAAUUUCUUUAGAAAAGAGAAUUGCUAUUAGCUUGUAUUGCCUUGGGUCGUCGGCUGAAUACAGAAGCGUAGCAAAUCUGUUUGGCGUUGGCAAGUCAACCGUGUGCAUUUGCCUGAAAUUAUUUUGCCAGGAGGUGUGGAAAAUUCUUUCACCCUUGUACAUGAAUGCAUUUCCAUUAACAAGCGACAAGGUGAAUGAGUGCAUCAGAGGAUUUGAGGUUCUUGGUUUUCCACAAUGUUUAGGUGUUUUCAAUUGGUAA